AAACAAUGGCGCUCUCCAAGCACACCCUCGCCAUGUUCUUUGCCCUGCUGGCCAUCGCAGCGACGCUGCAGCCGUCCGAUGCGAGGCUCCGGUCCGCCGCCGCAAACCAAGAAGAAGUCAAAGCCACCACCACGGCCGAUGGAGACGCCCCGUCUCUUCCGAACCUGCCAUUGCCUCAGAUUCCCGGCGUGCCUAGCCUACCACCGCUAUUCCGCUUCCUUUUCCCGCCACUCCCAGGUGCUCCUCCGUCUCAAAUACCUCAGAUCCCUGGCAUGCCUAGCCUACCACCAAUAUUCCGCUCUCUCUUCCCGCCACUGCCCCAGAUCCCUGCCUUGCCGCCGCUGUUCGGCCCACUCCCUGUUGCACCGCCGGCUCAAGGAUUGCCUCAGACCCCCGGCAUGCCACACUUCCCACCAAGCACCGGAUCGCCUUCACCACCGCCACCAAAGGAGUGCCUGACACCAUUGACGAGCAUGAUACCGUGCAUGGACUACCUCACCAACAUCACGGUGUUCUCGCCACCGGACGCGUGCUGCGACGGCCUCAAGUUGGUCGUCAACACUGCGCCGAUAUGCCUCUGCCACGGCAUGAACAACAACGGCGGCAUGAGCAAGCUCUUCCCCAAGCCCAUAGAUCCGAUCCGCAUGAUCAUCCUCCCGGUUAGGUGUGGCGCCAUGAUACCCAUCCAGACGAUUUUCUCCUGCGCCACCCAACCAUUGCCACCGUUGACGCCUCCUGCCACGUCUCCAGCGCCUGCUGCUUCUCCCGCGCCAUCACCAUAGGAGCAAGAGGACGCACCGAUCGCCAAUGGUUUCAUGAAUAUUAUAUAUACAUACCCGUGAUUACUUGGAUGUUUAGUGGAUUCGUUUUAGUUAGGGUUUUUUAGGUACCAGAGAAAGAUUUGAGGUUUUAGGGGCUCAGUUCGGACGUCAUAUGUAGCUCCUAGUGCUACUUAAUUGCCAUAAGUAUAGGUAUAUGGAGUCAUGCAAGAUCUCCGUCACACGAUGUAAACGUCAAUGGAUAAUACUAUACUAGAUCGAUGCAUGCUUUGAUUUUAUUUGUGUGAUUUUUUUUGUUUGA